AUGAGGGAGGAGGUUUCAGCGGGAGAGGAGUUGGUUCGACGAGCCAGUCAACAGUUACCAGCAGGAGGGUUACAAGCAGGAGCGUUGCAAGCAGGAGGGUUACCAGCAGGAGGGUUACCAGCAGAAGGGUUACCAGCAGGAGGGUUACCAGCAGGAGGGUUACCAGCAGGAGGGUUACCAGCAGGAGGGUUGGUAGCAGGAGGGUUACCAGCAGGAGGGUUGGUAGCAGGAGGGUUACCAGCAGGAGGGCUGGAAGCAGGAGGGCUAUCAGGAGGGGGGUUACUAGGAGGGUUACUAGGCGGAGGGUUACCAAGAGGAGGGUUACCAGGAGGAGGGUUACCAGUGGGAGUGUUUCCAGCAGGAGGGUUACCUACAGAAGGGUUACCAGUGAGAGGGUCACGAGCAGGAGGGUUACAGGGAGGGAUACCAGGAGGGGGGCUACCCACAGGAAGGUUAUCAGCAGGGGCGUUUCCAAUUGGAGGGUUACCAGAGGGUUUAGGAGGAGGAGUAGGAGGAGGAGGAGGAGGAGGAGGAGGAGGAGGAGGAGGAGGAGGAGGAGGAGGAGGAGGAGGAGGAGGAGGAGGAGGAGGAGGAGGAGGAGGAGUUGGAGGACGGAGGGGAGGAUGCAAGAAAGGGGGUCGAUGCAAGAAAGAGGAUCGAUGCAAGAGAGGGGAUCGAUGCAAGAGAGGGGAUCGAUGCAAGAGAGGGGAUCGAUGCAAGAGAGGGGAUCGAUGCAAGAGAGGGGUUCGGUGUGCUAUCCGGUUGCUCCUGGCUGGUCCUUACAAAGUGAAGUGA